AAAAGCAGAUAUCGAUAUAUCGAGUUCAAGUAUCUAUAUUUCCAGAUUCAAGAGCAAAUCAAUAGGAAUGUUGUCUUAAGCUUUAGAUAUGAGCAACUAAAAACCCCCGAACUAAGGCUGUCAUUGAUAAAGCCGUUGGUCUCAUAUAUUGUUGAAUUAAGCAGUACUCAAUCACUCAAAACUGCCUUUAGCAACCACUUGGCAACAACGCCCGGCAUAUCUUCGUUUGAAACGCCACUUUUUGGACCUAUCGGAUUCCCAUCAUUUCCGGCUAAUGAGCUUAUGACCUCAAGACUUUCUCCGUGUGUGAUAUACGUUCUCUUGCUCUUGAGGUAUGAGUAUAUGAUUCAGUCCGAAAACCACCUAAUAAUGUAUGAUCUUCUAAUUACAAAAUCAACCAUAUGUGAAUUCUUGGCUAUAAGAAUUCUACGAGAAUAUAAUUCGAACGAAAGAAUUAAUCUUCUAUUUAUAAACCCAAUGGCACAUCACGAAGAGCAUGUCCAACUCAAGCACACGAAACAUCUAGAUAGUUUCAAUACCUUGGAACUCUCGAUCCUAUCUAAGUCAAAAAAGUUUUUGGUGCAGCCUGUCAUAAUAGGUAUUCUAGACCGUAUCUACAAUGGCGAGCUCAUAAUGAAAGACAAGAACGCGACAAAGCUGAACAAUUUGCUACGGAAGCCUGUCUCAUCAUCCUCAACAGAUCGUGCCUUCGAAGAAUCUUUUUUAUUACCAAAGAAGGGAUCUGAGCAUGAUUUUGAAAAUGGCCAACCUGAAGACGAAUCUCCAGUGUUAGUGAGUGGUGACGUUUACGAAGGAAGUAUCGUCAAUUACAAGUUCAAUCAAAUCACCAUCAAGAAAGUAUUUGUUCGGUCGAAUGUUGUACCAAAAUACCAGUCCUUGGUCAUAAAUUUAAAGUAUGAGUUCUUGACGAUCCUCUUUUUGAUUCUUGUGUUCAGACAUAAGUAUAGACAAUCUUCAGGGUACUUGGGAACCUUGUUUUGGGUCGUAGCUUUGAGUUUCAAUUUCGAUGUGAUUAUUAAGUUGCUUCACAUCGAAUUCAAAUACUUGAAGAAAGUCAUCUGGACAUACAUUGACAUUUUGAUCGUUACACUUAUUGACGUAUCUUUUUUCAUGAGACUUUUACUUGGUUUUGGAAAGAUUCACUCUCAAACAUACUUCAACUGUUUCAGUUUGAUCUCUAUUUUGUUGUUUCCCAGGAUGCUCUCGGUUUUCAACAACUACGAAUUCUUCAACAUGAUAAUUGUUUCUUUAAAGAAAAUGACAUGGAAUGUCAUCGCAUUAUCAUGUUUAUUCACUUCUUUGAUCUUUGGCUUUUUUUUGUGUUUCAUCAGCUUGACAAUUGAUAUGUCAACAUAUGAGGUGGCAUUUGCAAUGGUGAAGUUGUUUUUUGGGUUUACUCCUGCAGUAUGGGACAAUUGGGAAAGGUUCGACAACUUGGGAAGAGUUUUGCAGUUGUCAUAUCUUUCUUUAAUUCAAUUUGUGUUCGCAACGAUCCUUGCUAUUGUCUUGAGUAAUGUCUUUGCCAAGGUAAGCGAGUCAAACAAAGAAGAAUUUGAAUACUUGAAAACCACAAACCUAAUCAUUUAUUUGAAAUGGGCUAGUUUCAAGCUGUUCGGGGACACCGAAAGCAAGCUAACACGUGUUUUUGAUUUUUUCGUGUCCGUCUCAAAGUUUCCGAUCAUACUCAUCAUUUACUUCUACGAAAUUCUUAUCAAGGACAACAAGAGACUCUUACAGAAGCAACGGAAGGAUCUCAAACAUUUCACCUUUCUUAACCGAGAAGACGAUUUGUAUGAAGACGAAGAUGCAUUUUUGCUCGGCACUCUCACGAAUGAAGAGGAAAUCAGCUCAUUGAGGUUGUCAUCCCGAAGAGGCUCUCAGAUAGAUUCCAAAAUGACGUCUGACGCGGUCUCGCGCAAGAAAAGGGUUUCGAGAAGGCUUUGGCCGCAACAAUCCCAAGCCACAAUGGCGGGAUUUAGAAGUGGGCUGCUCGAUUCGAUGUUUAUGGAUGAUUUUUUGGGAAGGCGA